AUGGGAUCAGAUCGGAGAUGGAUGUAUGCUAGGUUAAAAGAUGGUCUAUUGACCUCAGAAUUCAUAGAAGGUAUUGAACAAUUCAUAACAUUUGCUAAGCAACAUCCAGAGUGGAUGGAUGGGGAUAAACUGAAGUGUCCAUGUAAUCAUCGAAAGUGUCAGAAUCGUAAUUAUGCUGAUGAGAAUACAAUUCGGUUACAUUUGAUGAAGCAUGGAUUUGUGCCAUAUUAUUAUAAAUGGAUUCUACAUGGGGAACCCCGCACAAGUAAUAUUGAUAGUCAAAACAUAAAUGUUAUGAUAGCGGAGUCUGUUCAAGAGGUUGAUAAUAGCACAAGCAAUACCUAUGAGCAAAUGGUAAUGGAUGCAGCAGGUCCUGAUUUCUUUCAGGAUGUAAUGGAGGAGCCUCCAAAUCCAUCAGCUCAAAAAUUGUAUGACAUGUUACAAGCUGCUAAUCAAGAGGUGUGGCCAGGUUGUGAAAGCCAUUCGCAGCUCUCAGUUGUUGCAAGGAUGUUGAACAUCAAGGCAGAACAUCAUUUGUCAGAAAGGUGUUUUGAUGACAUUUGUCAACUUAUGAAAGAGGUGUUACCGGAUGAAAAUUUAAUGACUGAAAACUUUUACAGUACGAAGAAGUUGGUUCAAGCAUUGGGCCUACCUGUUGAGAAGAUUCAUUGUUGUACUAAUGGAUGUAUGUUAUAUUGGGCUGAAGAUAGUGAGUUAACGAAUUGCAAAUUUUGUGACCAUCCACGGUUCAAACGACAUAGUCGAGGCUCUUCUAAUUUUCAAACCAAUGUGCCACAUAAGAAAAUGUACUACUUUCCUCUCACACAGAGAUUGCAAAGAUUAUAUGCUUCGAAUGCAACAGCAAAAGAAAUGAGAUGGCAUGCUGAGCAUGACCAUGAAGAUGGGGUAAUGUGUCAUUGUUCAGAUGCAACUACAUGGAAGCAUUUUAAUAAAACACAUCCUUCAUUUGCUGCUGAGGUUCGGAAUGUAAGGCUAGGACUGUGCACCGAUGGGUUUCAACCAUUCGGUCAGUCUGGACAACAAUAUUCAUCUUGGCCAGUCAUUGUCACUCCUUACAAUUUGCCUCCUUGGUUAUGUAUGAAGGAAGAGUAUAUGUUCCUAACGGUAAUAGUUCCUGGUCCGAGAAACCCAAAAGACAAAUUGGAUGUGUACUUACAGCCCCUUAUUGCAGAGUUGAAACAAUUGUGGGAAGUUGGAGUUGAGACAUAUGAUGCAUCAAAGAAGAAUAAUUUUAAUAUGAGGGUUGCGUUAUUAUGGACAAUAAGUGAUUUCCCUGCAUAUUCAAUGUUAUCCGGUUGGAGCACGAGCAAGGCGCUUGUCCAUAUUGUAGGGACGAUUCAGAUGCAUUCACAUUGA